GUUCCACGGAGUCCUUCUGACUUCCGGGUCUACGUAAACGGUGUGCAGCAGAAACCACAGUCACCAGGAAAAUGUCUAAAGUCACGUUUAAAAUCACUCUGACGUCGGAUCCCCGUCUACCUUACAAAGUACUCAGUGUGCCAGAGAGCACGCCGUUUACAGCCGUGUUGAAGUUUGCAGCGGAGGAGUUCAAAGUGCCAGCAGCUACCAGUGCCAUCAUUACUAACGACGGUAUCGGCAUCAACCCGGCUCAGACAGCAGGGAAUGUGUUCCUGAAGCAUGGUUCAGAGCUGCGCAUCAUUCCCAGGGACAGAGUGGGAGGAAGAGGAGUAGGAACAAAACGAUCUUCCUCCUCCUUGAUGACCCAAUGACUCAGAGACAAACGCCGGCUGAAUCAUGUUUCACUUCUGACCUGCGGAACACUCAGUGUGUGAGUGUCAGUGUGUGUGUGUAUGUGUAUAUAUAUUUCCUAGACCUGAAAUGACUUCUCAUGUAUUCACACACACACACACACACACACACACACACACACACACACACAUAUAUACCAACCACCUACACAAAGACACACAGUGCAGCAACAAGCUUAAUUCUGUCUAAUACUGUCUGCACCUUAAAAAAUGCAACGUCACCCCAGGCUGCCCAUAGAUACUCUCACACUGAGGUAAUUAAUUAGACACAGACUCUGGCGGUUUCAAGAAAAGGACUUGGCGGAAGCUUAGCAGACAAUGUGCUUUGAGUCGAACUGUUGUAGUUUUGUCUUACCUUUUUUUAGUUGUAAUGGCUAAUAUAUCUGAUUAUUGUCCAACAUAUCUAGGCAUAUUUAUGUAUGUACUUGCUUUUUGAAGAGGACUGCAUCAAUGUGUGUUUGUACUACACAUUCAAAGUAUUUAGCGUAUUCAGCAUGCCUUCAGAGAACAUUGCUACGUAGCCUACAAGAACAUCAGUUGUUUAGUAAAUGAUGCUUGUUCAAGGAAGCUGUCUGUUUACAUCUGAGGUUGUCUUGUCUAGCAGCCUUCUCUUGACACACAUACUGUCCAAGCAAGCAUCCAUAAUUUACAAUGCAGAUCUUUCUGGAAUAUAUUAAUGUACUUUAAUAUAUAUUGCAAUUCCCAUUCUAGCUUAGAGUAUUUUGUUAUGCCAUUAUUUCAAGUCUGAUUUGGGGUGAAAGGGGAAAACCAUGAUGGUUUUUCAGUGUUGGCUGGAAAGGGUUAAUUCUAUCUGUACCCUCAGAAUGAAUAAACUGUAUUGUGAUGAACUGAA